UAUAACGCUCGCUCAAUAGAAAGAAAAGGGAAAACUCAAUUCCACACCAAAAGAAAAAAGAAAAGAAAAGAGAUUCUUCAAGGGGACCCCGCUCCCCCCGUUCCACGUUCUUCAACGGCUCAUUGGUGGAUCAAUCGACCUUCUGAAACCCUAGAACUCUGAUAAUGCGCUUCACAAGUUACCUUUCAAUCGAAGCUUCUAGUACUGAAGUUUCGUCUGCGAUUCAUGGCUGAUCCAGAAAUCCACUAGACUUACUGUUUUCAUUUUUGAUUCAUGUCAUUGACUGACUGACUGACUAACUUAUGAUGACCUGUUCUUGCUUCUUCAAGGUUCUUUGACUAUUAGACAACUUCCUCUUCUCUAUAUUUCCUUAUGGCUCGGCGACAUGGCUGGGAACUUCCUGCUCAUACCUUUCAGGUUGUUGCCAUAACAGUAUUCUUCUUGCUGUCUGUUGCAUUUUAUGCAUUCUUUGCCCCAUUUCUUGGGAAGAACAUCUAUGAGUAUAUUGCUGUUGGUGUCUAUUCCUUCCUGGCACUCUCUGUAUUUGUACUUUACAUAAGAUGCACAGGCAUUGACCCUGCUGAUCCUGGAAUCCUAAUCGAACCUGACAAGACACCUCCUUACAUAUUACCGAAUGAUACAGUUGUACCUGGAAAUGGAUCCUCUGUUGAAGAAGCUGACAAGAUUGAGCGCAGAAAUAGAGAAAGGACUUAUAUGCAUGAACCGGGUUGUUGUGCAAAAGUUGGAGGGUUUUUAUGCGGUUGUGUUGUUAUUGGUGAUUGCCGCAAUGAUGAGGAAUUUAUGAGGCAGCAUUCUGGUGAAGAAGAUGCUUUGUACUGCACAUUGUGCAGUGCCGAGGUUCGCAAGUUCAGCAAACACUGCAGAAGCUGUGAUAAGUGUGUUGACGGAUUUGAUCAUCAUUGCAGGUGGUUAAAUAACUGUGUAGGAAGGAAGAACUAUUUUUCAUUUGUCUGCCUAAUGGCUUUGAGCCUAGUUUGGCUUUCUUUUGAAUGCGGUGUUGGGGUUGCGGUGCUUGUUAGAUGCUUUUCAGAUGCAAAGGCAACAGAAAGGCAGAUAAGAGAUAGGCUUGGAGAUGGAUUUUCUAGACCCCCUUUUGCAACUGUUGUGGCUCUGUGUACAUUUGUCUCUUUUCUGGCCACAGUGCCUCUGGGGGAACUUUUCUUUUUCCACAUUAUUCUGAUUAGAAAGGGCAUCACCACUUAUGAGUAUGUUGUUGCUAUGAGAACACAAAGUGAGCCACCUGGACAGUCUGUUGAUGAUGAUGGAGGCGAGCAACUCAGUUUACCAUCUUCUCCUACAUGUUCGGUCGUAACUGCUACUAGUGGAAGAAGCUCUCUCGGAGUUGGGCUACAGUAUAAAGGUGCUUGGUGUACCCCUCCAAGAAUAUUUACGGAUCACCAGGAUGAAAUAGUUCCCCAGUUGGAGCCAGGACGACUACCAUCCACAGUGGAUCCAGAUACAGUUCAACAACCAGAUAAAGGCAGGAAAGCACCUCAACAACGUCCAGUCCGAAUAAGUGCAUGGAAGCUCGCGAAGCUGGAUUCAAAAGAAGCGAUCAAAGCGGGUGCGAACGCAAGAGCUUCGUCAUCAGUUCUCCGUCCAGUUAAUAAUAAUAAUAAUCCCCGAAACCAAUCUUACGACAGCGAUCAGUUAUCCAGCACCAAUGUGAGUGUAAGAAGCAGUCCCGUUAUUAUUGAGCGAAACUCUAGACCUGGACCAUCGCGUGCCUUCUCGUCGAAAACCUCGUACCCUCCAAGCCGUGCCAGCCGAGAAGAUCUCGAAUCUUGUGCACACAGCCUGAGCAAUAUGAGCAGUCCCCAUCUAAACCGAAACAAUAGAGAUCAUUUCAAUUUCAACCCAGUUUAUCAGCCUUCGGCUAAUCAGUCUCCUUGGUCGGGUAGGGCAAGCGACGGGAUCGAUACAGAUGUUGUCGAUAGUCUUACUCGAAUACCCUCAAGAAGAAACAUCACCACCAACAACAACAAUAGCAAUUCAAAGUCAUCUGUUUUCUGGGAUCAAGAAUCGGGUCGGUUUGUGUCUUCGGCCGCUGCUGCUGCUGCUGCUGCUACUCCAUCUUCAAAUGGUUCAGGGACUGAGCUUUUGUAUAGCGGUCAGUCGAUAUUCUUUGGCGGACCACUUGUGAACGAACAAUCGAACGGCAGCAGGGGUAGAAGCGUUUCUGGGAAUUCGGUUUCGGGUGCUGCGGUUGGGAGAGGUCCUAGUUCUAGUUCUAGUUAUUAUUACCAGCAGGGUAGAUUGCAGAGGGGAGGCCAACUGCCUGUGUUUGUUCCCAGUGAUUCCUUCCAAACACAGUCUACUACUAAAUCUCCUUGACAACAUUAGAUCUGAUUGUGAUGUUUUAUGUUACUUACAACUUAUACUCAUUUAAGCUUCUUCUUUUUUAAAGUUUUUUAAUUUUAUGAUUUAUUUUUAUUGGAGAAAGUUAGUGAAAAAAUAUUGACUGGUUUUGAAUA